AUGGGUACGAAGCCGUUACUUUUUCCGGCUCCGACCUAUCAUCCGUUAGAGACCUAUUGGGACAGCGAUGAGGACGCUCCUGGGCCCCGCUGCAGUCACACUCUCACUGCCGUUGCCGCCACCAAGACCCAUGGCCCCCGCCUUAUUCUAUUCGGCGGCGUCAAAGCCAUCGAGGGAGGAAACGGAGGCGCCUCCGGCAUCCGGUUAGAUGGAGUGACUAAUUCUGUUCAUUCCUAUGAUGUUCUCACUCGAAAAUGGAUCCGACUCCACCCGGCCGGUGACCCACCGUCACCUAGGGCUGCACAUGCGGCUGCCGCCGUUGGCACCAUGGUUGUUUUUCAGGGUGGUAUAGGUCCAGCUGGGCAUUCAAGUGAUGACCUGUAUGUGCUUGACAUGACCAAUGACAAAUUCAAGUGGCAUCGAGUUGUAGUUCAAGGACAGGGCCCAGGACCUAGAUAUGGCCACGUCAUGGAUUUGGUUGCACAACGAUACCUUGUUACAGUUAGCGGCAAUGAUGGUAAAAGAGCGUUAUCAGAUGCUUGGGCUUUUGAUACUGCUCAAAAACCAUAUAUAUGGCAGAGGCUUAACCCAGAAGGCGAUAGACCGUCUGCGAGGAUGUAUGCGACAGCCAGUGCUAGGUCAGAUGGUAUGUUUCUGCUUUGUGGUGGAAGAGAUGCUUCCGGCACGCCUCUUGCAGAUGCUUAUGGACUGCUUAUGCAUAGGAAUGGCCAAUGGGAGUGGACUCUUGCACCAGGCGUGUCACCUUCCCCAAGGUAUCAACAUGCAGCGGUUUUUGUUGGUGCUAGAUUGCACGUUACUGGUGGUGUUCUUAAAGGAGGACGAGCAGUAGAAGGUGAAGCAGCAAGUGCAGUACUGGAUACUGCUGCCGGGGUUUGGCUUGACAGAAAUGGGCUGGUGACUUCACGUGUUAACAAAGGACAUUCUGAGCAUGAUCCCUCUUUGGAGCUUAUGCGUCGAUGUCGCCAUGCAGCUGCAUCUGUUGGUGUCCGAAUAUAUAUUUAUGGUGGUCUAAGAGGAGAUACUUUGUUUGGUGAUCUUCUGGUUGCAGAAAAUUCUCCAUUUCAAUCUGAUGUCAAUUCUCUAGUACCAUCGUCUGACAGUGAUUGGAUAAAUACAAAUUCGGCAUCAAAUUCAAGUUUAACUUCUUAUUCUCCCACACCAACUCAAGAUGGAAGAUCUGAAAUACCCUCAUCUGGUGGUUUGAGUACGGACAAAAAUUCGAUGGCGAAACUGGCUGAGGCGUCUGCUGCUGAAGCCAAGGCUGCUAAUGCUGUCUGGCAAGCAGCUCAGGCAGCAUCAGCUACUCCUGAAGAAACAUCUGUAUCAGAUGACGCUUCACAAGCUGAAGAGACCAUUUCAGAGGGUAGUGACACUGGGGCUGAUGUCCGCCUUCACCCAAGAGCGGUUGUAGUUGCAAAAGAAGCUGUGGGCAACUUGGGUGGUAUGGUUAGGCAGUUAUCUUUGGAUCAAUUUGAAAAUGAAAGUAGACGAAUGAUUCCACUGCACAAUGAUUUGUCACAUCCAACCAAAAUAUUUAUGAGGCAGAAUUCUCCUCAAGGCUUGCAUAAAAAGAUCAUAUCUGCUUUGCUUAGGCCUCGAAAUUGGAAACCUCCUUCGAACAGAAAAUUCUUUCUGGACUCCUAUGAAGUUGGUGAGCUUUGUUAUGCAGCUGAGCAGAUCUUUAUGCAUGAGCCUACUGUUCUUCAACUGAAAGCUCCUGUCAAAGUGUUUGGUGAUCUGCAUGGGCAGUUUGGUGAUCUCAUGAGGUUGUUUGAUGAAUAUGGAUUUCCUUCAACUGCAGGCGAUAUCACUUAUAUUGACUAUCUGUUUCUGGGAGACUAUGUUGAUCGAGGACAGCACAGUUUGGAGACCAUCACUCUACUUCUGGCUCUAAAGAUAGAGUACCCAGAGAAUGUUCACAUAAUACGCGGGAACCAUGAAGCUGCUGACAUCAAUGCCCUUUUCGGAUUUCGCAUUGAAUGUAUUGAGAGAAUGGGAGAGAGCGAUGGGAUCUGGGCCUGGACACGUUUCAAUCAAUUAUUUAACCACCUUCCACUUGCUGCGCUUAUUGAGAAGAAAAUCAUAUGCAUGCAUGGUGGCAUUGGGAGGUCAAUAAAUUCAGUAGAACAGAUAGAGAAACUAGAGAGGCCCAUAACGAUGGAUGCUGGGUCAAUUGUACUAAUGGAUUUGCUAUGGUCUGAUCCCACUGAAAAUGAUAGUGUAGAAGGUUUGAGACCAAAUGCUAGAGGACCUGGUCUUGUAACAUUUGGGCCUGAUCGGGUCACAGAAUUCUGUAAGAAGAACAAAUUGCAGCUCAUCAUAAGAGCACACGAAUGUGUUAUGGAUGGAUUUGAACGGUUUGCCCAGGGACAGUUAAUCACUCUUUUUUCCGCAACCAAUUAUUGUGGGACUGCAAAUAAUGCUGGGGCAAUAUUGGUAGUUGGCAGAGGAUUGGUCAUUGUUCCAAAAUUAAUUCAUCCCUUGCCGCCUCCUCUCCAGUCGCCGGAGACAUCUCCUGAACGUGUGACUGAGGAGAGGUGGAUGCAGGAGCUUAACAUUCAAAGACCUCCUACUCCUACAAGAGGCCGCCCACAACCUGACUUAGACCGAAGUUCACUUGCCUAUAUUUGA